AUGACUUUACUAAUUGCAUCACUUUAUUUACCUUAUAAGCCUCAAUUUGAUGUGGAAAAUGUUGAAAAUAUUACAAAAGAUCUUUUAAAGGAUAAACAUCGAGAAGGCCUGACUACAAUUGACAGUAAUCGUUCAAUUAACAGAGUAAUUUCUCCUAUUGGAACCCCUUAUAGAGAAAAUGCUUUAAAUGCAGAUAAUAUAUCUCAGGAAUCAUUAAUUUUAAAUACUGAACAUUUUAGAAAAAAUAAAUCAUCAACUGCAGUAGAUAGACAAGUUUCUUCAGAGCAAGUAAUGGAAAGUUUAACAUCAAAUGCUCAGACUAAUGUUGGAUCACCUCCACAUCUCUAUCCAAGUAAUUCUUCAGUUGAGAAUUUUUUUGGUAGUAGUACAAAUAUCACAAUUAAUAGAUCAGCUUCUCCAUCUAGAUCUUUACCACCACAACCUUUAAAAUCAACUAUGUAUGAUGAUCCAACUGAAAGUUUAUUAAAAAGUGUUAAUAAAUCAUUAUUAAAGCAUAGUAUCCAAAAUAGAUCAGCUAAUAGACAAAAGACUGGUCAACCACCUUCAUUGAAAAGAUUAAAUUCAAAUUUAAAAUAUUCAACAAAAGUUUUACCUGUAUCGAUACCUUCUCAUUUACAACAAAUUGAUUCUGAUUUAGAUGAUAAUAAAAGUAUUAUCAAUGAAACAACUUAUAAUGUUCCACCUUUUGGUGGGAUUUCUAAUCAAGAUCCAACUUUAAAAGCUAAAAUCUUAGAUAAUUCUCAUACAUUAUUUGGAGAUUUACCUUGUAAUUUGGUCCCCAAUGAUUUGAAAGGGAAUGGUUCUUUAAAAAAUGCAAUUAAUAGUUUUAUUACACAAAAUGCAAUGACUGAAUUUCCAGACGAUCCUUUGAUUAAUCAUGCCUCUUGGGUUGGUACAAUGGGUAUAGCAACAGAUGAAUUAUCAGAAGAAACAAUUGAUGAUAUUGUUUCAACUUAUAAUAACGAUUUCAAUUGUUUCCCAGUAGUAGCAGAUGAUACAACAUUUAGUGGUUGUUAUAAAAAUUAUUGUAAACAAAUAUUAUGGCCAACUUUACACUAUCAAAUUCCAGAUAAUCCUUUAUCAAAGGCAUUUGAGGAUCAUUCGUGGAAAUUUUAUCAAAGGGUAAAUCAAUUAUUUGCGGAUAAACUUAUUGAACAAUAUAAACCUGGCGAUACAAUUUGGAUUCAUGAUUAUCAUCUAAUGCUAGUACCACGAAUGGUUAGAGACAAAUUACCUACUGCCAAAAUUGGGUUUUUCCUUCAUAUUUCAUUCCCAAGUAGUGAAGUCUUUAGAUGUUUAGCUCAUAGAGAACAAAUCCUUGAUGGUAUCUUGGGUGCUAGUUUUAUUGGAUUUCAAAUUAAAGAAUAUUUAAAACAUUUUAUUCAGACAUGUAGUAGAUUAGUGAUGGCAGAUACUAUAGACAAUGACACAGUUAUUGAAUACCAAGGAAAUUUUAUUAAGAUUGGGAACAUCCCUAUAGGUAUAGAUGCAUUAGAUUUACAACUACAAUUAUUUGAAGAUGAUUCCGUCAGAGAAUGGAAAAAAGCCAUAAGGGAAAGAUGGAAUGAUACUAAAUUAAUUGUCUCUAGAGAUCAAUUUGAUAGAGUAAGAGGAUUGAUACAAAAAUUAACAGCUUUUGAGAAAUUUUUACUAGAUAAUCCAAAAUAUAUUGGUGAAGUAUCUUUGAUUCAAAUAUGUAUUAGUUCUUCUAACGAUGAAAACUUAAAGAAACAAAUUACAAUUAUCGCUGAUCGUAUCAAUGAACUUACUGUGUCAAUUGGUGAUACCCCACCUGUUGUUUUCUUAUACCAAGAUCUUGAAUAUGAACAAUAUUUAGCAUUGAUUUCUGAAGCCGAUUUAUUUUGGGUUAAUUCACAAAGAGAAGGUAUGAAUUUAUCAUGCCAUGAAUUUAUUGCGUCAUCUUUAGUGAAAAAUGCUCCUUUAUUACUUUCAGAAUUUACAGGAAGUGCUUCUGAGUUAGCAGAAGGAUCGUUGAUAAUUAAUCCAUGGGAUAUUAAAAGUGUUUCUGAGGCAAUAAAAAGAGGAAUUCAAUUAUCUAAUAUUGAAAAACGCUCCAAUUGGAAAAAUUUAUUGAAAAGAAUUAUUGUUUACGAUUCAGAUAAUUGGAUUAAAAAAAAUUUAACAUCAAUUAAUAUGUCCUGGAAGUCCAAUCAAGAAAGAUCUACAUUAUUUAAGAUGGAUAUGAAUUCUUUACAGACACAAUAUAUGAAAUCCGAAAAGAGGUUUUUCAUUUUAAAGAUUUCUAAACCACCAUUAACAAGAACUUUAGAUAUAUUAAAUGAAUUAGCGACAGAAAAGAAUAACAUUGUAUUCGUUAUAAAUUCAUUUUCAAAAUCAGUAUUAGAAAUUCUUUACAAUAGAGCCCCAAAUGUUGGAUUAUUAGCUGAAAAUGGUGCAUAUAUUAAAUUGGAUGAUAAUUGGUACAAUAUGGUAGAUCAAAUUGAUUGGAAAACUGAUGUAGUUAAGAUAUUUGAUGACAAAAUGGAAAGGCUACCAGGUUCUUAUUAUAAAGUAUCUGAUUCGUUAAUAAAGUUUCAUACUGAGAAUGCGAUUGAUAAAGAACGUGUCAAAGGAACAAUUGGUGAUAUUAUCACACAUAUUAAUUCUACGUUCCAAGAUAAAAACAUUCAUGCUUAUGUUCUUAAUGACAUCAUUUAUGUGCAACAAAAUGGAUUAUCAAUACAAGCAUUACAGUUCCUAUUAAAUUAUUAUAACAGUGCUACUAUGAAUGACGAUGAUAAUAUUAAUAGUAAUAAUACAAAUAAUGCCAAUAGUGUUGCGGCAAAUAUCAAGAAACUACUGUCGCACACUGCGAAGAUUUCUCAAUCAAAAGCUGAUUCUGAAACGAAAAAGACCGACUCAAAUAAGAAAUCAAUGAUACCAAUAGAUUUUAUGUUAGUAGCAGGUUCAUCGUCUCCAAUAUUAGAUCCUAUAUUCAAUGAAGUAAACAAAUGUAGUAAAAACGGUGAUUUCAAAUUUGGGCACACAAUCACUUAUGAUAGAGGUGCCUCCUCAACAUUUGCCAAAGAACAUAUUACAGGGCUUAAUGAAUUGUUAAGUUCUUUGAAUAUGAUAUCGAAGUCCUAA